UAUUAUUUUAAACAUUGAGAAACGGUUAAAUGACAGUUGAGCCAUGGCCUGCGGCUUAUGCUGCUAAUGAAGAUAUAUGGUUGGACAAGGACGCCAGCGUUAGUGACAAACAGAAUGCUUGGCGCGUACAAAAAAUAUUAUUAGCGCACGCCACACGCGACUUAGAGGAAGCAACACAAUAUGAGGUGCUUAACGGACAUCAGGAGAGACUUCAAAGAUCCAACAUUUCGGAAACAUACAUUAAGGAGCGUCUAGCUGGCUGUAAGCAGCUCUUGGCGCAGAGUCGUCGUUGUCGUCGGGGCACUAGAAUAUCCCUGGAAUGGACGAUUCCAGCCUUAAUUUCCUUUGAGCGACCCUGUCUCGGUACAUAUGAAAGCUGCAAGCACGACGAGGUUGCUCUUAACGAACUCCAUCGGCAAAAAGCAUCAACCAACGUUGAAAAAUUAAUCCAAAAUGAAGUGUCGAAGCCAGCGACUGAUGUGGCAUCAAAUUUUGACGGUUUUCGUACUGCACGUGAGCAAUUAAUGUUGCAUGAUGCGCAGAAAAAGAAGCAAGACUCUGCUACUGGAAUUGGUGCAACUGGCGGAGUUGGCGCCUCUGAUUUAAUGAACUACAAGAAAAAAUCAUUAGGUGGACGAGGACGCGGUGUUAACUCAAAGUUUGUGCAACCAACUGCGCAAAACGAUACGAAUCCUGUGAAGCCAAGUGCUCCUGCAGUGACGCCCUUGCCUGUUCCGCCGUCCUUGGCUCACCUUGAUGUCCUAAUGGUCGAGCAGAUUACGCGAGAGAGCAUGCAUAAAUACAAACCUAUUGCUUGGGAGGAUGUAGCCGGCUUAGAAUACGCCAAGUCAACGUUCAUGGAGACAAUAAUUCAUCCAUUGCAGCGUCCAGAUUUGUUCAAAGGCGUGCGGCGUCCACCACGUGGUGUUUUGCUCUUUGGUCCGCCGGGAACGGGUAAAACAUUAAUAGCAAAGUGUAUUGCGUCCCAGUCGAAGGCGACAUUUUUCAGCAUCAAUCCAUCAUCGUUGACCUCCAAGUGGGUGGGAGAAGGCGAGAAACUGGUCAAAACACUGUUUGCCGUGGCCGCUGAACAUCAACCAGCCAUUAUUUUUAUGGAUGAAGUGGAUUCAUUGUUAUCGCAACGUUCGGACAAUGAGCACGAAAGCUCGAGAAGACUAAAGAACGAGUUUUUCAUACAAUUAGAUGGCGCUGCAACAAACGAGGAUGAUAAUAUCAUUAUUAUAGGCGCUACAAAUCGUCCACAGGAGUUGGAUGAAGCUGUGCGUCGUCGUUUUGUUCGACGUCUGUAUGUACCUCUGCCUUUAAAGCGAGCACGGCAGCAGAUCAUCGAGAAACUUAUAAAGCAGGUACAUCAUAAUCUUAGCGAUGAUCAAGUUGAAGGGCUUGCUGAGCUUACCGAAGGAUACUCGGGUGCAGAUAUGGACAGUUUAUGUCGUUAUGCCGCAAUGCAACCAUUGCGCUCGCUGAGCAGCUCCCAAAUCGACGUAAUUGAUGCACAUCAGUUGCCAGCCGUAACCAUGUCGGAUUUUAUGUCGGCAUUGCAACACGUUUCUAGAAGUGUCUCGCCUGAAGAUAUUAAACGUUACGUAUCAUGGAAUGAUAUUUAUGGAAUUAAGCAUUGAAUAAGUAUCAUCAUCAUUUUCAUACAGAAAUUCAUUUACUUUUGAAGCAUUGGAGCAAAUAAAUGGAAUUAUCAAUAUUA